CCAUGAGCCUGCUCGUAUCUUCAUCAAGCCUACGUCUUGCAGCUCGUGCAAUUGUUCCGAACGCCCGCUAUCUCCUGAAUAGGUUCGCACGACCGCUUUCGUCUCUGCCUCACUUGGCCUCAACAUCCGAGUCCCACGGUUCAAGUAUUCAACGCGCUCAUUCCGCGCCUUUCCCUAAUCGUACUCAUACUUGUGGCGCACUAACCUCCAAGGAUGUCGGCUCCAAUGUCGUCUUGGCCGGCUGGCUUGUCUCCGAACGCAAGGUCUCAAAAGCCAUGUCCUUCUUCCAGCUGAAGGACUCUUUCGGCCAGACUCAAUUAACUGUGUACAGAGGCUCUAACUCUGACCAACCUUCUCCUCUUGCGCCUCUAUCCGACGUUCCAAUGGAGUCUACUGUCCUUAUACAGGGACAGGUCUCCUUGAGACCCGAGAACCAGAGAAGACCACUGCCAGCAGGUGACAUCGAGGUCAAGGUAAAGAGCUUCACCCUGCUCAAUCCCGCGGAUCGUAACAUGCCCUUCCUUCCCUCCGACACCCAAAAUAUGGCGAACGACGACCUACGUGCCCAAUAUCGUUACCUUGACCUUCGACGCUCAGAGCUCUCCGGCAAUCUUAGGAAAAGAAGCCGAGUAGCCCAUAUCGUGCGCUCAGUUCUAGAUGACCGAGAUUUCGUUGAGAUCGAGACGCCGAUUCUCCUCAAAUCGUCUCCAGAGGGCGCAAGAGAGUUUCUCGUCCCGACCCGGUUAUCGAAAUCCUCACCGUCAGCGUCAGACGACCCGAACGCAAACGCAAACGCCAGCCCAGCGUCUGUUGGGACCGAGCAGGCUCAGGUGCCUCUAUUCUACGCCUUGCCGCAGUCGCCACAACAGCCGAAACAGCUGUUGAUGUGCUCGGGCGGGGUCGAUCGCUACUACCAGCUCGCCAGAUGUUUCCGCGACGAAGACGGGAGGAAGGACAGGCAGCCUGAGUUCACGCAGAUCGAUCUCGAGAUGGCCUUCGUCUCCUGGGGUCGUCGCCAUCAUGACGGCACGGAGUCGGGCGCCAAGCCGGAUACUGAAGAUGGAUGGCGAAUCGGUGGUCAGGAGGUUCGAGAGGUGGUGGAAGACAUUAUUCGGGCUAUUUGGUCAAAGGUUGAGGACGUUGAGUUGCCCGACAGGUUCAGGGUCAUGACCUACAACGAAGCGAUGUCUCGUUAUGGGUCCGACAAGCCCGAUUUGAGAUUCGGCCUUGAGAUCACCGGUACAAACAAACACGACCAGCCCCCUGCCUCUCCCAAGGCAGAGAUUGUGGAGUGUUUUGUUGUGCGCAAAUCCGCAGAUACACCAUUCAUUGAAGCGGCUCGCGAAUGUCCGUUGGAAAAUGCGGUAGAGCGGAUCCUCAUCACAGACCAGACGCCAUCUUCGUGGUUGUCCGAGAGUCGGACGUUCAUGGAUAUGGCCGGGAAGAACCUGCAAACAGACUUACAGACACCCUCCGUGGACCCAGGAGAUGUCGUAUAUCUCUCCAAAAGGCGUCAACGCCCAGAGGGUGGCUCGACCGCACUGGGACGCCAACGAUUGCGCGUAGCCGACUUAGCGCAAGUCACCGGGACGUACGUGCCUCCGAUAUCGCCGUGCUUCCUCUGGAUCACCGAGUUCCCCUUGUUCACGCACGCGGAUGAGGACAAAGACUUCCUCGCGAAAGGGAGAUGGAGCAGCUCGCAUCAUCCUUUCACCGCACCUAUGUGGGAAGACAUCGAUAAGUUGUAUGCAGGGCGAGUAGAUGAGGUCCGUGGACAGCACUACGACCUCGUCCUGAACGGCGUAGAGAUCGGUGGAGGCUCGGUCCGUGUGCAUGACUCGUCCAUGCAAGAACACAUAUUCUCCAACGUACUCAAACUCGAUAACACAGAAAAGGCGACAUUCAACCAUCUCCUCCAUGCCUUGAAAUGUGGCGCGCCUCCUCACGGCGGUAUCGCUCUCGGCUUCGACCGCCUGAUGGCAAUCCUCUGCAAGACCACCUCCAUCCGGGACGUCAUCGCCUUCCCAAAGACGAGUGCAGGCACGGACUUGCUGUUCAAGAGCCCGGCGGCCGUUGCCAGUGAAGACGUGCUACGACAAUACGGCAUUCAGCCUCGGGUUCGACAGUCGCAAACCCGAGCUUUUUCAUUCGCGACAUUCGAUUAGUGAAGAGGGGCCCAACAAUAUCGAGAUGUUGUAGGGAUUUGGAUUUGGUGGGAGGGAUCCUUGAUGCGGAAGGUGGGGACAAUCCGCCGAAAAAGACGAGGGUUGUAGAUACUUGGAAUGUUUGUGUGGCGAGCGGGGGGUGCAGUAAUGUUGAGUGGCUGGUCACCGUUGGUCAGGAGACAGACAGAAGAUGGAUGUUUAUACAAAGCUACAUUAAAUAACGGUGCAUAUAUGUGCAAGGCCUAUCCAGAAUGUGAUAGGACGCUAAAGGCA